GAAAGAAGUGGAGUCCCUUUAUCUGGAGGAGCUUAAGACUUCAAUAAACCUCUUGAUGGCCAACCUAGAGAGUCUUCCUGUUUCAAAAUGUUCACAGGAAGGCAAAUAUGGGUUACAAAAACUCAGAAAGUACAAUCAUAGCAGGUCUCAGAGCUCGUUAAGUGGCCGCGAUAGUGACAGUAUGGACAACGAAGUGACGCUUUCCAAGAUGGAUGUUGUCCUGUCCUUUGCUCUUGAGCAGGUCUCAGAGCUCGUUAAGUGGCCGCGAUAGUGACAGUAUGGACAACGAAGUGACGCUUUCCAAGAUGGAUGUUGUCCUGUCCUUUGCUCUUGAGGUGCUGGUGAUGGAGGUGCGGGAGAUCAAACAUCUACCACCAAACAGAAUAUUUUACUGCACGAUGGAGGUGGAGGGUGGAGAAAAGCUUCAGACUGACCAAGCAGAGGCAUCAAAACCAAUGUGGGACACACAAGGGGAUUUCACAACAACACAUCCACUACCUGGUGUCAAAGUAAAGCUGUAUACAGAAUCAGCAUCUAUGCUUUCCCUAGAUGAUAAGGAACUAGGCAAGGUUGUUCUACAUCCCACAGCCAUGUCAUCCAAGGUACCUGAAUGGUACAAGAUGCAAGUUCCAAAAAAUUCACCUGAAAAUAAUCUUAGAAUUAAGAUUGCUGUCAGAAUGGAUAAACCACAAAACUUAAAACAUUGUGGCCAUCUGUAUGCUCUAGGGAAGAGUUGCUGGAAAAAGUGGAAGAAACGGUAUUUUUGUUUAGUACAAGUGUCCCAGUACACAUUUGCCAUGUGUAGCUACAGAGAGAAGAAAAGCGAACCCACGGAGAUGAUGCAGCUGGACGGGUAUACAGUGGACUACAUUGAGGCAGUGUCAGAUCUAGAAGGUGGUAGAUUUUUCUUCAAUGCUGUAAGAGAAGGAGAAUCAAUACUUUAUGCAACAGAAGAUGAAAAUGAGUCUCAUCAGUGGGUGACGGCACUAUACCGGGCCACAGGACAGGCCCACAAGCCCACCCCUCCUGUUAUGCCUCAGGGGAAAAAUUCUACUUUAUCAAAAAUUCAAGGAGAUGCUGACAAGGCCAAGAAACAUGGAAUGGAUGGUGCAGAUCCCGUCAGAUUUGAUCACCACAACCUUUUUAGAAUUCUACAAGGGCAAACACUAGAAUAUCGUCUUGUUGAUCCAUAUUGUUCUUUAGGAUGGUUCAGUCCUGGGCAGAUUUUCGUGUUAGAUGAGUACCAGGCUCGAUAUGGUGUGAGGGGAUGCUACCGACACUUGUGUUGUCUGGAGGAUCUCCUAGAUCGUGCUGAGAAGGGCCAGAUGAUUGACCCAACCCUAAUUCACUACUCCUUUGCCUUCUGUGCCUCCCAUGUACAUGGGAAUAGACCUGAUGGUGUGGGGACCGUCCUGGCAGAAGAGAAGGAGCGCUUCCAACACAUCAAGGAGAGACUAAGAGUUUUACUUGAACACCAAAUUACAAAUUUUAUGUAUUGUUUCCCAUUUGGUCGACCAGAAGGUGCCCUUAAAGCCACAUUAUCUUUACUUAAACGGGUGUUGAUGAAGGAUAUAGUUACUCCAGUUCCACCUGAAGAAGUGAGAGGCAUGAUUAAGAAGUGCCUAGAAAAUGCUGCUCUCCUCAACUACACUCGUCUCUCAGCAGAAACCAGAAUUGAGGGUGGUGAAUCAACCCUUCAAGUCUUUAUCAUCCCCUUCAUCUACACUGUCCUUGAACUCUUCCUUCAGAAUAUAUCUCUGAAUGGGGCACCACAAGUCUCCCAGGGCAUGACAGGCAUUCAACAGGGCACUCAACAGGCAGGGAAACACUUCCAAAGCAGGCAGGCACACACUGGCUUCCUCUAG